UAAACACCCCCACCAGUUUCAACUUAUCAACUGAUCCCUCUCACCCCUCUCCCUCUCUUGUUUCUUGGAUUUUCUUCUGUGAUUAAGUUCUCUGUUUGAACAAUAUUGGGUAAUAGUAAGAUAUAACUGGGAAGCAUUUCAGGUCAGAAAAUUUUGAACUUAUUGAUGAUUCGGAAGACAAAUUAGGUAUGUUAGAACACAAACUAUACUGUUUUAAAUUGACACGGUUUCUGUUGAUUAUUGUUAUUUUUUUCGUUUUUUUUAUCUCUUUUUAUUUCGUCCUCCCAUUUUAUCUGAAUUCGUCAUUGCAAUUUGCAGCAUUUGGUACUUUUCUCUGUUUUUUUGUUUAAUUCUUUAUUGAUAAAUUUGUCUAUCAUAUUAUGUGCGGUUCCAUCUAACUCUGUUGAAUUUAAAACACAAGUUUGGAUUCUGUUAUUAUAUGUCUUGUGUCGGUUUAGUUAUAUGGAUGUUUAAGAUGCCUGUGUAAUUUUGAGUCGUCCCUAUGUUGAUUGUGGAUUGGAACUCUAUUUAGGGUUGUUUUUAUGCGGAGAGAUUGAGCUCUAAUGUGAUAGCACUUAAUUUGGAAUAACUUGCUAAUCUGAGUGAAAAUUUUAGGAAUCCUAAAACAAAAAUAAGGCACCUUUUGCGCUGAUAGUAUCAAAUUUAUUGUCUGCAAUUACCGUUAGAUCACUCAGAUGACUUAGAGUCCAAUUUCUGAUAAUCGAAACCCGUUGCGCUAGGAAUUUCUUGCAUUUAUUUUAUAGAAUCCCAGAGUGUGUACUAAAAUACUCCCUCCUUGCUAAAAUUGGGUUUUGCACAGAGAUUAAGGAAAGUAGAGAGAGGGCUUUUUUUCCAAAAUUGCUCCCAAGCUACAUUUAAGACACAUAUGUAGUUUUUAGGUUUACUAUUUAAAAAAGAAUUCAACACCAAAAAAAAUUGCGUCAAAACCCGCACCUCUCUUGUUAUAUAGAGAGAGGAGAGGAGUAUUUAUGAUGUAGAGAGAGAAAAAGAGUAUUUAUGAUCUGCAUGUGAAAUAGAAUUGCACAUAAUUCUCAAUACCAUGACCUGAUUUUAAUAUAGAGGUAAAUUAGGUUAAAAUGGGGGAAAAUAUGAAACUUUUCAAGUAAAUUAGGACAAAAAAAUGACCAAUUUUAGCAAGUAAACUAGGACGGAGGGAGUACAUCAUAAUUCUGAGGUUCUUUAACUACUCCCUCCGUCCAAGAUUAAUUGAGCUAUUUGGUUUUACACUUUGUCCAAUAAAUAAUUGAGAUGUUUCACUAAUCAAGAGGUUAUUUCUAAAAUAUCCUUUUAAUUGAUUAUUGUUACUAUAAGAAAUAUGUAUAAUUUGAUAGUUAUGUUUAUACUCGUUACGUAGGUGUUUUAAAAUGCUUCCCAACGGUAUAAAAUUUACGAAAAAUCGUCGUAUAGUUUAAGAGAUAAAUCAUUUCUAAGUUUUACUGGUUAUUAUAUAUGAGGACAUAAUUGUAAAAAAAAAUACUUAAACAUAGGCCCUUUCCUCCAUGCCUUAAAAUUUGUGCAAACUACAAAUAGCUCAAUUAAUCUUGGAGGGAAUAUAAGUGUGUACAGUGGAAAAAUGAUUGUCAAAAUUAUAGAAAAGCUUCAUACUCUGUUUGACUGACCCAGCCUCUUCUUAACCAACAUUGGACAAACGAUGGGAAUGAUGUCCUAAAGCACAGGGUAGUAGGGCACAGUGGACCCGACACAGUUAGUCGCCCUUGUUUGCAAACUGCUCGAUUUUAUACUGGGUAAAUUGGGGUAUGGAUAUCAUUUUCAAAAUUAUUGUCAUUGAUUUGAUACUGGUAAAAGUAAUGGUCGUGGGAUAUCCAUUCCACUUGUUCGCAGAGGAUAUUGUUCUCUACAAAAGAGAGCUAUAUGAAAUCUUCCCCUUUCCCCCUUUUUGAAUUCUGUAGGGGAGAAAGAAAUGUAGAGAAUCUUUUAAGAUAGGAUUAAUAGUACGGCAUUGCCAAUGGAAGUCAAGACAGACAUAUGCAUGUGGUCCAUUGUCAUUAAAUAGAUGUGGGCAAUCAUUUAUGAAGAUGUUGUCCUUAUUAGUUGGGAACUCAUUGUCCUUUAAAUUUUCAUCACAAUUCACUUGCACAUCUUAUUUAUUCUCAAAUGAGUUUAGUUUUUUGGUGUACACUCUGACUGGGAAAAGAACUAGUUUACCAGCAGGCUCCGUUUGUUUACUUCAAAAAAAGAAAUCAAAUUGAGGUCAAAAGUACUAAUAUGUGGAGCCUCCACCAUAAUAAGUUCAGUUCCUAGACCCCAUGGUAGUGACUAAUUAAUUGGAAUUUUGAAUUCCAUGGAUGAUGCUCAUCUUAGUCCAUUCAUGCAAUAGGAUGCCAGCAAGAAUUCUAUCUUAUCUAGUGAAACCAAUCUGUGAUGGGUCACAGAUUUAAACGCAAUCAUCUUCGCAUACAACUCCUAUCUGUGGAUUAAUCAUGUUAGCCAACCUCUGUUCAUUGCCAGCUGAUAUCCAUCUGAGUGUCUAAUUCUAAGUUUUGCUCAAUUCAACUCCACCUGAAACUUAUGUUCUAACUAAUUAUAACUCCAACUCGUCACCUUAAUGGGCUCAACUACGACUCUGCAAUGUGAGUACACUUCCCUGUCAUGCUUAAAACAUGACGAGUUGGUAUUUUUGAAGCUACUUAACUUUUCUAAACCUCUUUGUUGGGGGUAUGUAAAAGUAAAAUCACAUCAUAAGAUAAAUCUGUUUUGUAUGAUUUAUUUAUUUGUUGGGAGUUUCGCUCAAUUUCUAGAGAAUUUCUUGCAUCCUGGAGGAGUGAUGGACAAAGUACAUUAAAGUAAAUUUAUUUGUUCAAAUAUUUUUCUAAUUAGAGUUGAUGUCGAAUUAAUUUCUUAUGUUUCACUUGAUAAAAAUUCAAUGGUUACGUCUUUUGCACUAAAAGCAUGUACUCCCAAAGUCCAGGUGGGGGGGAUUGCCUUAGACUUGGUCCGACUCUCAGGAUUCCACACUGAGCAAGUUGUCCUACAGAAUAGCAUGGAUGAUAACAAAGAGGAACCAGUGACAGAUUUGGGACUUUCAAUAGGUCCCGGCAAUCAAAGCACACACGUAGGAUCAAAUAACAAUUCCAGUGCAGGUGCAAAUGCAGGUUCUAGUGCAGAUAUGAUCUUUGUGACUUCUACCCCGUUAUCCGAACUAGUUUGGUCUCCACAGAAAGGGGCGAGUCUUAAAUCUGCUGAUUGUAACUUACCCGAGAAAAACUUUUCCUUUUUGUGUGGUGUCGCAUCAAAUACUCUGGUACAUUCACCAACUCAAAGUAUCACGGCCAAGGAAGCUAAAGAAUAUACAAAUGUGGAUGAAGAAAUCUUGGCUUCAUCGCAAAUGGAACCCCAUUUGCGUUGUAAACUUUCUGAAGCAAACCUAGUCAGGUCUCCAAGAAGCACCACAGCAGGAUCAAGUGGUGGCUUAGAAGAGAUGACCAGUAAAAUGAAAUUUACAUUUUCAAAUACAGAUGCGGAAGGUGUUCAUCCAGGAAAAGAGGAAGUGGAUAUGUUUCAUCAAACUGAAAGAGCUCCUAUGCCAGAUCCUGGCACUGACAUAAGGGGUUCCUCCACAUCAAAAUCAGAUCAGACAAAGUUCUAUUUGGCGCGAGUAGAACCAGCAGACAGGAAUUUGAACUUAGGAGCCAAGUCUACUCCUACUGAAAUCAACAAAGCUAUUCGUAGUGGAGAUAGUCAUGCGUCUGACAUGCAAGGGUCAUUCUCUCCCGACGUUGCUACUCUAAAACAAUCCAAAGUUUCUGAUACUCAGAACCCACUUGUAAUAUCCCAUGCAAGUGAGGAAGAGAGAUUAGAAUUAGCUCAGGGUAUUCAAAAAGAUGAGAAAUGUAAAACGAACAAAAUUCAACUUAUCUCUCCUUUGCAGAAUCAGGAAUCAACCGCUGAAAAUGAUUUACAACUUCUCAAAGAUGAAAGCGCUUGUGACAAGGGGGGUAUCAUAGCAUCAAAACAUGCUGCUGAAGAAGGUAAAGACUCUCCCUGCCAGAACGGUAUAGUACUUGCUUCAUCGACGGAGUUUCCAGCAGUCGAUGUCUCCCCAAGUAGUAGCAAAAAUCCGUUAUCUCAGAGAAAAGAUAAAGAAAAUGUUUUAUGUGAUGACGGAAUCAGUGAAAAUAUUCUAAAAGACGAGGAUGAUAGCCAUGAGAGUGUUGAAAGUUGCAAUAGCACCGGGAUGUUUUCAGCUGGGAAGAGAAAAUGGAACUUUGAAAAGCAAAUGAUUGUAGAGAGCAAGAAAGUGAAGCAGACACACCAUGAAAGUCCUCAUUUUGGACCUUUACAACGACAGGACAGCUCUUUCAUGAAUUGGAUAUCAAACAUGAUCAAAGGAUUAUCAAAAUCUAAUUCAGAAGAUACACCUUCAUUAGCUCUAACUAUGAAAACUCAUCAUUGUAAUCGAAAGAGUGAAACAAGUGCUGGUUUUCAAACAAUUUUCAAGGCAUUGUAUUGUCCUAGCUCAAGGGUUCAGGAUGACAGAAUAUUAACUCUUGAUAGUCAGCUAGGAGAAGGCUCAAGGGAACUUGACAACAGUAGCAGUCCUUCGACUGGGGAAGACAAUGGCAAGUGUAAGCAAAUCAUUUUAUCAAAUGACAAGUUCGAUCAGAGAAUAUCUGACGGGGAAGGUCCUUCGACUCUGCCAAAUAAUCCUUCUGAGAAUAUAAGUUCUGAUCAGGAAAAAUGGGGAGAUGGAAGUGCCAAGAACAGAAAUUUCUGUAGCAUGGCAUCUAAUCUCAAGAAAAAUGGAGUAAUCUCGGUAAGUUCCUCUCCGCGUAGUGAUCCUGGCUCUCCAUCUGAAGGGAAAGAAAACAGUAAACUUGGCUCUGUUAAUCUUUCAAACAAGGCAUUCAACGAUGUGAUCAAUAGAAGUGAUUCUCUUGGGAACUUAUGGAUAACAAGAUUUUCUCCAAAAGUUUCUGGCCUCAUGAUGGGUUUGCCUAAGAAACGUCAACAGAAUCUAAAUUCACCUUCUGAGGGUCCGAACAACCACAACAAGAUUAUUUCCAAUGCUCAAAAUUCUGUAGUUUCACGGAAGGAGAAGAAUGUUUCUGAGAGUAGUUCUAAGCCUUCUAUGGAGGACACAGCUGAUGGUAGAAGUACAAAAACUCAAAAUUUUGUGAUAAAUACUUAUGGAUCCUUCGGUUUUAAGAGAAUUAAAAGUGGUGAUCUGGAUAAAUCCAAAUGUAAGCUAAAAAAUAUAGCCAAACAUUCUCAAAGAUUCAAAAAUUCAGAGGCAUUGGUUUCUACCUUGACUUGGAGACUGGAUGCUUUAAGAAACAUCAUUCUGUCAGGAGCAGGUGGUAGUACAAGCCAUGCAACCACAAUUUGUUUCUUUUGUGGCAUAAAAGGUCACAAGUUACAUGACUGCACGCGAAUAACUGGAUCCGAGAUUGAGGAGAUUUACAAAAAAGCACAUCCAUUUGACGGGAAAGAAGUAUCGGCUUGCUUGUGCAUUCGCUGUUUUCAGCUAGAUCAUUGGGCCAUUUCAUGUCCAUGCUCUUUCUCCAGAAAAGAAUACCAAUCUGGUGGCAGGAAAAAUUCAUCUGAAAAUGUUGAUUUUCAGUGCCAGAUUGCAAUUACAACUUCUGAUGGGAAUAAAACGAGGGUAGAUGCUGAAGCCAACGUGGGUAAAAAUGUCAACUCAAUAACGAGCGGAACAGUGAUACUUGAUGAAAGGACCUUGGUUGAGAAAGAUCAUGAAGUGUCAAGGAAGAAAACUUCCAAAGAUUUCGUAAUGAAAGGGAAGCAGACUGCUUCGGGUUCUACAGAUAAUGUAUCAAAAGAAAAUCAAAUCGCAGCUUUUUGCAACUUUGUCCAUCGACACAUUCCUGCCGUGCCAAGAGGAACCUUUGAAGCUGUAAAAAGGCUUCGUUUAACUCGCACUGACGUGCUCAAAUGGAUGAAAUCACCAAUGCCAUUUGCUUGUAUCGACGGUUUUUUUUUACGGCUGCGACUACGGAAGUGGGACGAAGGACUAGGGGGCACAGGUUAUUUCGUAGCACGCAUUAAUGGAAAACCAGGAGAGGGAUCACUGGGUAGUCACAAACUUUCCCUUUCAGUGGACAUAGCUGGUUUCAAAUGCUUUAUUGAAAAUCGUUUUGUCUCAAACCACGACUACACAGAGGAUGAACUCAUGGCAUGGUGGUGUGCAACCUUACUAGGUGGCGGAAAGAUGCCACCAGAAGAAGAUCUGAAAAUGAAAUUUGAAGAGAGAAAGAAGUUUGAAUUUUAGGAGGUACCCAAACGUUACUUGUAAAAGAAAUCUAUGUUGUACUAUAGUUUUUUUCUCCCUGCGUAAGAUACUUCAGCUAUGCUGUUCAAUAGAGGGGUGUCGCAAGGAAACAAUUUAAUAUGUCAGUUCAUCAGGUCAUGUAUAUAGAAUUUUGAUAAAAUUUGAGCUUGUAGUAAAUGAAGUUUUGUGUUUCAUAGCUGAUUAUGAAACGUAGUAGUAUAUAGUUUGUAUUCAUGAGCCUAAGUUAUUGAUUUUUGUUAUACAGUA